GCUUUGGCAUUAGAGUUCGAUGUUCUUGUUGAAAGCGUUUCCCGGAGUAAGGCAGCCAUUGUCUCGCCCAAAUCCGGAUGGAUGGUUGCUGUUGUUCUCGCCGUUGUGUGAAGAUUGAUUGCGAGGAUAUCAUCGCUAUAGUUGCGUCUGGAGCUCGUUGAAGUGUGCUUUGUCUCGCAGUUUUCCGAACGGUCGAGUUUGAAGUUUGGGGUAGAGGAUUAGGGUUUGUUUGUGUCGGACGCAUCUCGUUUCACAGGAUUGGCUGUGCGUUUGUUGUUUUAAGAAUUGGAGGAGAGGCGGGGUUGUUCUUUCUUAGUGCUUCGGAAACGAAGCAACGAUGGCAGACUUUUCGUUAGAUGACAUGCUGCUGGAGGCUGCAGGGCGGCCGAAGGGGGGCGACGGUGGGGGCCGGUCUCACGGUCCACCGACUAAGCGUCGACGAGCUUCGUCGAUGAGCUCAGACGACGGUAGUGACUCGAGUCCUGAUAACGAUGAUGAAGAUGACGAGGAAUUCGACGACAGAGGGGGUCGCUCUGGCAAGCAGGCGAAAGGAUCCAAAAUGCCUUUGAAAAAGCGAUUCGAGAAAGAUGGAGAUGACGGUGCAAGAGAUGAUGGAUAUAAUAGUGAAUUUUCCUACGGAAGUGAUUUGUAUAGAGAUGAAGAAGACAGGCAUAAUCUGGCGCAAAUGACAGAGCUUGAACGAGAGAUGGAGUUGGCUGAUCGUAGUGAGAAGCGAGACACUUGGCUUGCUUUGAGGAAAAGUCGAGGGAAUAGACAAGCUGAAUUUUCGACACCAAAUCAUAGGCGAGAAAGAGAUCUUGGUCCCCCAUCGUCUCGAAUGCGUUCCUCAGUAAGGGAAGGAACUCGGAGCAAGAAGGAGAAUGCUCUCAAUGAGCUUGUAGCCAGGAGGCAGAAGGCCCAAGAUCCUAGCUCAUUACGAAAGAGGGGGCGUGAUUCGGGCAUGACUCCUAGCCGGGAGGCCCAUUCUCCCGGAAGAAAAAAACCCAGCCAGAGUAUGAGUUUCAGUGAAUCAGAUCCUCCGAGUGAAGACGAUGGAGAUAGCGAGAGAGAUGACGAUCGUAGCGAUGUGGGCGGCUCAGGCGAUGAACUUGAGGAUAAGGGAGAGCCCGAGGCAACAGAGGAUGAAAUAAAAGACAUCGUAAUUAGACGUUCAAAGCUUGCUAAGUGGUUUAUGGAGCCUUUCUUCGAGGAAAUUAUUGUUGGCUGUUUCGUUAGGAUUGGUAUCGGGGUUUCAAGUUCUGGCCAAAGCAUAUAUCGUGUGUGCCAAGUGAAGAACGUCGACGCAAAGGACCCGGACAAGCAGUAUAAGUUUGAAAAUUUUAUGACAUACAAGUAUCUCAAUUGUUUCUGGGGAGACGAAUCUACUGCAGCAAGGUGGCAGAUGGUUCGAGCUUCUGAUCAGCCAGCUUCACAGAAAGAGAUCAGUGAUUACCUUCGAGCUGUUGAUAAUGCUAAGGGUCGCAGACCUCUGAAGGUAGAUGUAUUGGAGAAGAAGGCGGCCAUAUCAAAGGUUAACCAGUUCGUUUAUUCAGCAUCUACUGUCAAGCAAAUGUUGCAAGAGAAGAAAAUGGCCGCUUCUCGUCCAGCAAAUGUUGCUUUAGAGAAAGACCGCUUGAUUAAAGAGUUGGGCAUAGCGGAAUCGAAGGGGGAACAUGCUGAGGUGGAGAAGUUGCAGUCACGACUAAAGGAGCUGGAAUUGUUUGCCAAUCAAGUAAAGAGCAAAGAUGCCAAGGCUAUGGCAUUGGCAGAAAUGAAUCGGCGGAACAAGAUGGAGAAUUUCAAGAAUGCGUCAAUGUUGAAGCCGGUCAACACUUUUGCCAAAGAAGGUGAUGCAGGAUAUGAUCCUUUCUCUCGCCGCUGGACUCGCAGUCAAAAUUAUUAUCAGUCACAGCCGAAGACGGAGGAGAAAGAGACGGUUGAAGGCAGCAAUGCAGAGGAUGGGGCAGAAAAGGCAGGUAUUAAGGCAAGUGAACAAAGCGAAAUUGCGAAGCAUGUCGAAUCACAGGCUGCUGCUGACAGGAGAAAACUCUAUGCUUUGCACAACUUUGUGUUACCCAUCUCAUUAAGCAAGCUUGGGAAUACCAAGGGUCCAGGUGGUGUUCACCAAGCCUUUGUGCAGGCCUACAUGGCUCGAAAGGCUCACCUUGAAGCCAGUUGUGGAGUCCAGGUUGAGCAAAACGAUGGGCGGCGGCAUAGCUUGACUUUAACUGUGAAUGAUUACAAACGUCGGCGAGGACUACUGUAGUUCAAAAGCUUUGUACAAAAUUUACCAGUAGCUUGUUGUUAAAUAGAUUUCAAUUUAUUUCGAUCAAAGUUUGACAUGACAUUUUUUGUGUUAUCAUAUGUUCUUGCAUUGAUUCGCCUCAA